AUGGCUGAGCAUAACCUUAAGGCGAGCCAUAUGGCUAUCGUCUUGGGGAUUGGCCUGGGUGUCGUGCUGCUGAUCGUAAUAAGUCUACUUCUCACAAUUGUUGUCAACCGCCGUGAUCGCCAGGCUCUUCUGCGAUCUCGGAAAACCCCGGAUGAGCGCCUGCGAAAGCUAGAUGAUGUCGCACCGACUCGCACGUUGGAAGUCUGGUUUACCAGUACGAAAGGCAAAAUGAAUCUUUCCGAUGCCGUCGACAGCCAGUUUGUCUGUGUCGUCUGCCUGGAGCAGGUCAACCGUACAGAAGAAAUCCGAGAGUUGCGGUGUCUGCACGUGUUCCACCGGGAGUGCUUGGAAAAAUGGUUUCUGGGUGACCAUUUCAACUGCCCGCUUUGUCACAGGGCCUAUUUUGAGGCAGACAUCCCGCCACGACACGAUCAUAUCUGGAUGGUAUGA